AACGAGAAGGCGCAUUGCGACGUUUUUUUUUGAGCUAGCGCGAGACCUUUUUAGUUCAAACUAACUUACCGAAGAUCAGCACUCCAUCAUGGCCAAUUCAUCUGCGCUGCCCGAGCUUCCGCAAGAAAGCAUCGACGAAGCUUUGCAGUUGAACAAAGAUUUGGAGAAAGUUAUAAAAGCCGUGGAAGAUAUCUCCUUGCAGUUGACCUGGAUGGGUUAUGACAUGGUGGCACUGCGGACCAGUCCAGAGCUCGGGACUUCUAUGCAGAAACUGGAAGCAGCAUAUUAUGAAUGCAGAGCUAUUAUCUGUGGAGACCGACGAGAGCCCAAGUCAGAUAGUAGCAUUUGACCUGAGCCCGCCACCAUAGCACAUACUCGGAUGUUAUAUCAGAGUUUUUAGUUCACAAGAUAACACUUUGCCUAAGUUUGAAGUAAGGUUUUAUGUACGUUGCUAUAGAGGAGCUGUAUUUGGUUUGAUAGUGCUGUCUUUUUGUCUCUAAAACAGGAUGUUUUGUUCACUAAUGCUUGUACUGAGCUCUUUGAGUGUGUUUUAUUUUUGCAUGGCCUGCACAAUUUGCAUGUUUUGGUGGUGAUGGAGUGUUGUGUUCAUCCUGUU